AUGGCUGUCGAUACAAGUUACCUGACCACUCAGGUCAAUAAUAUUGUGGAGCAGCUGCAUGGUAUCUUUGAUGACAUUGGUGUUCCUGCUCAUGAGCGCGACACUCGCGAAGCAGAGCUAUUCAAUGCUCUGUCGGAGAGUUUAAACAAUCAUCUGAAGCUCGUUGAUGAAGAAAAGGAGCAGAUGACACAAGAGGCUCAGCGCCUGAUCACAACUAUUCAACAAAUAGAGGUUUCUCUCGGUGACGAGAGAGCCAAUGGCCAAUAUGAGCUGAACCGCGACGAUGUUCGCAUUACCUACCCGCUCAACCGGUGUAUCGCAUUCUUGCGCGAGAAGUGCGAGGCAAUGACCAAGUUGCACCGCGAGCGUUUUGAGCAAGUCAAGAAACUUGUCGAUGCGCUCGAGUCCUACUCCUCCCACCUGGAGGCCUCAUUCCUUAUCAUUGAACUGCCUCCCACCGCACCCGGCUCGACUAUUCCCCCAAGCUUCGACCUUUCACCCGAUUAUGUUACAUCUCUGGACUCCGAGUUUAGUCGCGUCUAUGAAGAAUACCACCGUCGUGUUUCCUUCGUUCAGACUACCUCCGAGGAGAUCAUUAAGAUGUGGGCCGAGCUUGGAACCCCCCAGGUCCAGACCGAUUCCAACAUUGUCAAGCAUUAUCGCGAUUCUCCCGAGCAGCUUGGCCUGCAUGAAGGCGACCUUGCCAACCUCAAAGCUAGACGUGACAAGCUGAUGGAUGAGAAGAAGGGUCGUGAGCGCAAGAUUAAGGAGCUCCGAGCAACCGUUGAGGGCUUGUGGGAGCGCUUUGGUGUCGAGGAGUCAGACCGCAAGGCAUUCUUGGCCGCCAAUCGUGGUUGUGGUAUGCGCACCAUCAAUGAAUUCGAGGAGGAACUGAAUCGUCUCAAUGAACUCAAGAGACAGAACAUGCACCUAUUCGUCGAGGAUGCUCGCGUCCGUUUGCAGGAACUCUGGGAUAGUCUAUUUUUCUCCGAAGAGGAGAUGCUCGAUUUUACCCCUGCUUUCUCUGAUGUGUUUAGUGACGCUCUUUUGGAGGCUCAUGAAGGCGAGAUCCAACGAUUGGAAGCCCUCAAAGAACAACGUGCCCCUGUUUUGGAGAUGAUUGAAAAGCACCGUGGCCUGCUGGCAGACCGUGAAGCUUUGUCUACAUCCAGCCAGGAUGCUUCGCGUCUUAUGGCUCGCGGGAAUAAGGGUGAGAAGCGUGAUCCUGGAAAGCUUUUGAGAGAAGAGAAGAUGCGAAAGCGUAUUUCAAAGGACUUGCCUAAGCUUGAGGCAGACCUUCGGAAAGAGCUUGAGCAUUGGGAGGAUGAGUUUGGCCGGCCUUUCCUGGUCCACGGUGAUCGCUAUCUUGAUAACUUGACUCGUACUGCCACAAGACCCCCACCUCGCUCAAAGACACCCUCUGCUCCUCCUUCUACCAUCAAGUCCAAUCCUAUCCGACAGCAGCCACCAUCGCGACCUGGAAGCUCCAUGCGUGGGCCUCCUCCGCCUCGCUCCGCUACAAAGACUCCCAAUGGAAGUCGUCCUGUGAAGCAUAACACAAUCGGAUACGGUGGAUCCAGGUCAGGAGCCACCUCCCCCUCCAAGCUUCCUGCGCGGGCUCCUCUGAGCAACAUGCCUCUCGGAAACAACUCUCCUGAACGUCGCACUGGUCCCGGUACUUAUUCAUCCAGUACCCUCAAUAGCAAGAUGCUUCCACCCCGUAAUGCGCCGCCCCGCAUGCGUGCCUUGACCGUGGAGUCGAAGGAGCGCCACAGCCAUAUCUUGGAGCCCCCGCGCUGCAACAGUGCCAUGUCGAACGCCUUUGUCCGACCUGUCAGCCCAGAGGAUGUCUACGAUGACCGUCAGCGGUCUUUCAUGAGCGCAUCUGUCAUGUCAAACUCUCAACGGUCAACCGGCUUCUCACAUUCCUCUACCUCUUCCCUGUCAUCGCUGUCGUUGAGCUCUUCCCAACAGGGAUACCCACGUAUGAACCCGUAUCUCUCGCAGGCACCACCACCCCCAGCACUUCGUCAAACCUCCAACUCCUCCACCGUUAAUACCGCCACCUCUGGUUCCGAAAACUGGGAGACCUUUGACGAUGGAUCCGAAUCCGAUGUUGAUUCCAGUGAUAUUUACUACGCCAAGUUGCGUGCUGGACAAGGCAAGCGCUUUGCUCCAGAUGAUGGCUUGGACCUCAUGGGCAAGAAAAGCAAGGGUAUCAGAAGCGUGAGCCCAGAUGGACCCCACCCAGGCCAGGUCCUCCGUGUUGCGGGUAGUGACAACGAGUGGAAUGAUGACUUCGAAACCUACUAA